CUCACGGCCAGCAUGUGGCAGCUGCCGCUUCCCGCGGUCCUGCUGCUCCUGGCGUCAGCCGGCCCCCGAGCUGAUGCUCUCCAGAAGGCUGUGGUGUCCCUGCAUCCGGAAUGGGACAGGCUGCUCGAGAGGGACAAUGUGACUCUGAGGUGCCAGGGGGCCCAGGCCGAGGGCCACAGUUCCACACGGUGGUGGCACAAUGGCCGCCUCCUGCCAGGCCGCAACUCCAACCACGUCAUCGCCUCCGCCAGCGUGAACGACAGCGGGGAGUACACGUGCCAGACCGGCCUCUCCAACCUCAGCGACCCGGUGCAGCUGCAAGUCCGCGCUGCCUGGCUGCUGCUGCAGGCCCCGCGCUGGAGGCUGCGGGAGGGGGACCCGCUGGUGCUGCGCUGCCACAGCUGGAAGAACGUCCCGGUGCGCAACGUCCAGUACUUCCAGGACGGCCGGGGCCGCCGCUUCUCCUACCGCAACGCCGCCUUCCGGGUCCCGCGGGCGACGGGCGCGCACAGCGGCUCCUACUUCUGCCGGGGCCUCAUCGGGAAGCUCAACGUGUCCUCCGAGGCGGCGGUCGUGCUGGUGGAAGCGCUGGCCAUCUCCCGCAUCUCCCCAGGGCGCCUCAUCCUGCUCUGCCUGCUGCCGGGACUCCUGUUUGCCGUGGACACGUGGCUGUAUUGCUCCGUGCGGAGAGGCCUUCGAAGCUUAUUGAGGAACAGGACAAAUGUCACCGUCACUUGGCGCAAGAGCCUCCAGGACAAGCAGGAGCAAUAAAGCAGAACCGCUGACCUUCAGGCCUCAGAG